GACAUUUCAAUAGAAUAGGUUAUAUUUUCAUUUUAGGUUAACUUUGUUGAAACUUACAUAAAUAAUAUAAUAAACAUAAAUAUUUUGAGUGAUCAUGUCCAAAGGAAAUGUAGAAAUAGUAGUCGAAGAUUUAAAAACGCAUCCUUGUUGUCCACAUGGCCCAACGAUUUUAUUUUCUAGACACGUUAAAAAGAGUGCUGAAAAAUUUUUCGCCUGUUCAGCCUGCCGAGAUCGAAAGUUCUGUAACUUUUUUCUCCCCGAAGAAAAAAGAGUGUCUUUCAAGGAGGAAAUAUGGAGACAAGAAAUUCAGAAAAAUCUCAAAGGCAUCCAUCACAGAAAAAUGUAUUUGACUCUCAAAAAAAUAUUGUCAUCACCCCCUGAAAAAAGACGCUUUUGCCAUACCUGUCUACAGUUGCAUGAAGAAACUGGAAAGGAUUUACACAAUGAUCAUAACGUACGAAUAGGGCUAACUGACUACCAGUUGGGGCAUCCCUCGGAAUUGUUACCACCACUGGAAAAUUCUAAGAAGGAAGCACAGUAUCUUUUUUCGAAAUCUACAGUGGAGGUUCUCGUUAACAUUUUGGGAAGCAUAGGAUAUAGACAUAUAAUUUGUAUAGGAGCUCCAAGGAUACACGAAUAUGUUCAGAGUAAAUGUGAAAACUUCACUAGUAUUUUAUUGGAUAUGGAUAAGAGAUAUCAUAAUUUCUUUGGACCUUUAGAAUUUUCCUGGUAUAACAUGUUCAACAAUCAUUUUUUUUUCAAAGAAUCCGAAGAUGUUUUCAAUGAUUAUUUGCAAACAGAUGGAGGAAAAGAUAUGGUUUUGGUAACAGACCCUCCGUUUGGAGGUAGAACUGAGCUCCUUGCAACAACCUUCACUUCAGUCAAUCAACAAUACAAGAACCUCAAUAAUAUUGAAACUGAUCUGCCCAUGUUUUGGAUAUAUCCAUACUUUAUGGAACCGCAAAUUUUGAAUUUCAUGCCUAAUUUUUCCAUGCUAGAUUUUAAGGUGGAAUACGACAAUCAUCCUUUGUUCCAGAAAGGACCUAAGGGAAGAAAGCAAGGAUCACCAGUGAGGAUUUUUACAAAUGUACAGCCUAGUCUAGUAAAAUUACCCAAGGAAGAUUAUAAGCACUGCAAGUUCUGUGAUAAAUGGGUGGCCAAAGAAAAUCGGCAUUGCAAGUUAUGCAAGGCUUGUACUUCAAAAAAUGGAGUGACCUACGUUCAUUGCUCACUUUGUGACAGAUGUGUGAAACCUACUUGGAGCCAUUGCGGAAAGUGCAAUAGGUGUGCUCAAAUCGAUCAUAAGUGUGUCCAGCUCGAGUUCACAAAGAAAUGUUUCAACUGUGAAGAGACUGGUCAUAAAAGGGUGGAUUGUCCAAAGAAGGAAGAAGUUGGGGCGAAAAAAAGGAAACUAAAAACGAGAACCAAAGAGUCGAAAAAACGUAAAAUGAAAGCAAUUGUAAAUAGUUGAAUAAAAUAUUUUAAAUUA